AUGGGACUGACCCUGUGGCGCUGCCGUCUGGCGCUUCUCCUGCUGGGCCUGGCCGUUGCUGCCUUCCCAGCCAGCGCGGCCCCGACAACGGUGGUCCUCGAAAGGACAGCCGCCCUGCCGCCCGGGUGGCGCUUCCACAGCAAUGCCAGUGCGUCCGACACCAUCUCACUCUACAUAGCGCUGAGAGAGCCGGGGAUCCACGAGCUCAAGACGCAGCUCUCGCAACGCCACAGCAGCCGCGGAGCAGACGGCCGCCGCCGGGACCCCGGGCCGCACCUGAGCCGCGCGCAGGUCGGGCAGCUGCGCCAGCCAGGCCGCGUGGCCGCCGAGGCCGUGGCGGGCUGGCUGCGGUCGAGCGGCAUCCGCAACGCGCAGACACAAGGGACCAGCUUCGUGCGCUUCGACGCCUCGGCGCGCACCGUCAAGUCGCUGUUCCAGGCCGACCUCGCCUACUACGCCCACGGCACGACCGGCAAGCCCGUGCUGCGCGCGCUCUCGUACACUGUGCCGCGGUGGCUGCGCAGCGACAUCGACUUUGUGCACCCCCUGACGAACUUCAUGCCGCCGCACAGCAGCAGAACCAAACCACACCACAAGCCGCGGCCAACGCCGACACCGAAACCGGCCGUCGUCGACGCGGUCGGCGACGACGACGAGCGCGAGCUCGAUAUGCCGUGCCUGACGGGCACGUUCCCCGAGUGCAUCAAGAACCUGUACAACAUCACGUACCGGGCGGCGGCGCCCAGCCCGGCACGGUUCGGCGUGGCCGGGUUUCUGGAGCAGUGGAUCCUGUACAGAGACGUAGCCGGGUUCAUGGACGUGUACGCGCCAGAACUGGCAGCCACGGCCAACUUCACCGUCGAGCUGUUCAACAACGCCAUCAACCCGCAGGACUCGCCGUACGCGGCGGGCAUGGAGGCGUCGCUCGACGUCGAGUACGCGCUGGCGCUGGGGCACCCGGCAGCCGUGACGUACUACGUCACGGGGGGGCGGGGGACCAAGCUCGACGCCAACGGGACAGCGCUGUCCGAGGCGCAGAGCGACAACGAGCCGUACCUCGAGUUCUUCGCCGAGAUGCUCGCUAAGCCCGACGCCGCGCUGCCCCACGUGCUCAGCAUCAGCUACGCCGACGACGAGCAGGGCGUGCCGCGCGCGUACGCGGCGCGCGUGUGCGACAUGAUCGCCGCGCUAACGGCGCGCGGCGUAUCGGUGCUGGCGGCCACGGGCGACGCGGGUGCCGCCGGCACGGGGCAGACGCAGUGCGUGAGCAACGACGGCGCGGCGCGGCGCGUGUUCGUGCCGACGUUCCCAGCCAGCUGCCCCUACGUGACGGCGGUGGGCGCGACGGAGAACGUGGGGCCGCCGCUGACGGGCGCCGACUUCAGCUCGGGCGGGUUCAGCGACUACUUUGCGCGGCCCGCGUGGCAGGACGACGCCGUGGCGCCGUACGUGGCCGACAUGGUCGACGGCGCGGACCCGCGGCUGGCGUGGUUUAAUCGAUCUGGCCGCGCCGUGCCGGACAUCAGUGCCAUUGGCAGCGGGUUCCAGAUCCAGUACGGCGGGAACACGGCCGAGGUGUUGGGGACUAGUGCGAGCACGCCGACGCUCGCCGCCAUGGUGGCGCUGGUCAAUGAUGCGCGCCUGCGCGCCGGCAAGCCGAGCCUCGGCUGGCUGAACCCGCUGCUUUACGCGCCGAGUGUUAGGGAGGUGCUGCGCGACGUGACGGUUGGUGAUAGUGGUGGAUGUCACUUUCCCGACGACUCCAUCUCGCCGGGCUGGUCGUCGGUGGUCGGGUACGACUGCGUCACGGGGCUUGGCACCGUGGGCGACUUCAACAAUUUCCUCGCGGCGUUGGCGUGA